CGCACCUCUCAUUGCAACGUAGAUCAGCGCGAGUGUCUAUAGAAGUCAGAGAUACGGUCUGUUAACACUGUACAUUGAUUUCAGUUGCAGGUCUAAUGUAAAUCAUAUCUCACCAUUUUACUAAAGGAAACUACUUACUACACGCGCACACGCAUAAUUCGAUAUUGGCAAUUCUCAAAAUGGUUGCCUCGAGAAGCAAACAAAGAGCCACGGAUGACUAUAGCGUAGGCGAGUACCAAUGUGAGAGCAUGAUGUCCUGCUCCGAAUGUGACGGCCAUUGUUUGCCCGGAGGUUGUAAAAUGGGAAACGGAGGAGGUGGAACCGGAAGUGGUGACGGGAGGUGUAACGGCGGAGGUUGUAUAAGUGGUUGUGUCGGCUACGGCGGCGACGGCUGCAUAUCCAUAAGCAAUUGAAUGUACAGCAGCUUACAAUGACGCGUAGAUUUGGCAUGGAAUCUUCUAUUUUACAUAAUAAAAGACGCAUAUGUAAC